AUGGUACGGUUGAUGGAGAAGAAAAGGCCGAGGGAGGAGAACCCCAACAAUGACAACAGCAGCUUCUUUCCUAGGAGCUUAUGGUUCUUAGGCGGUCUUUUGGCGGGAGCCCUUCCCAACUUGUUUGUGUCCAGUGCCUGCAGACAGUAUGGACCUGAGUUUCUCAAGCUUUUGCAGAGCGCGGACUAUAUCAGGACCCUUUCUUCAGAGAACACAACGACAAGUUCUCCUCAGACUGAAAGUACAAGAACAAAUAUGCAUACUGAAAAGGACAGUCAGAAAAGUGUGGAUGAUUGGGUCGGAUCUCUCCUCUUUCCCCUGAACAAGCAUGGCAAGCUGGACCUUCACCCGUCAAUGCCCAACUUGAUGAUUGACAUUGGUGCUCGCGAGUCUGAUUACCUGGCAUGGCUACACAAAGACAAUACAACAUCUCUGAUUAUGGUGGACCCACUUCCGGACAGCUAUAUUCCGCUGACCAUGAAAGUGGCAGAGCAUGCUGUGUUAAACAUACCCAAAGGGCAGAGCUGGUUGAACCCACAAUACAAACACCAAGCACUCAUUAUCCGUGCAGCCAUGGGAGAUACUGAAGGAGACACCAUCAAGACGGCUGUCUUACGGCUGGAACGAAUCUUGGACCUAGUGCCACCUCAUAUCGACAAUCUUCAUCUCAAGGUUGAUGCAGAGGGUGCUGAUUUGACUGUUCUUAAGGGUGCUGGUGAUCAAAUCAAAAAGUUUGGAACUGUGAUCAUUGAAUGCGCUUACAGCAAUGUCACCCGCCACGAAGGGGAUUGCCAUGUCCAUGAUGCUGUGAAAUAUAUGGACCAAUAUGGGUUUGAAGCUCAUAUUUUGGGCCAAGGGAAAAACCAAGCCAACAUUUUGUUUGUGCCACGCCAAAGUACCAUUGUUCUGCCACCUCUAUUGAGAGUACACCGCUUGGCAAUGAGUGGACUGUAUCGCAGGUUGUAUUAGCAGGCAGAUCCAUCAAGUGCAAGACCCUCAGACUGGUCGACUUGCCAUCUUUGCUCAUGUGAUAUUCAAUUAAUUCGAGUCAC